CGAGGAGGUCCGACAGUCCGUUGUCCUGAUGUGUGGAAGCCGAGAGCUUAUUCACGAAGCCGAAAAGCCAUUGGCUACCCGGCCCGUCCGGUGUCGCUCUUGGAACAUGGCGGAAAAGUUGGAUGCCCCACAUUCCGUUUUGACGGGAGUUGGAAUGUGGUGGUGGGGUCCUGAUGCCACAUUUGAUGGGCAUCUCGGGCUUCGAACUUGAGCCGUGGUACAGGAAGAACCCAGCGACACAAUCAUGCAUCCAAAAAUCGAAGAAAACAAAUCCAUUUUCCCUCUCGGCCGAAGACGUCACUCGUUGAUCCCCCGGGCAAAGGACAGGCGGAGGUUGAAAAGUGGAUCGAUUUCAUUGGCCGUCCAGCGGGAUUUUCCGAGGUCCGAUCCUUCCGAGAAUGGCCCGCCACUGUCACCCUGGCCCUCCCCAACAGCGCUAGGCUAAAGGUGGAUCGGUCCAACUUUUUUUUACCUCAACGACCCGCACCCUCCCUCUCGACCGGUGCAUUUGUUUUUCUUUGAACCACUACCUCCCCUUCCAGAUCCUCGUUGCCGCCGCACGAAGACCAUCAUCAUCACCGUCAAAAUGUUUGCCUCCAGAAUCCAGACCCGCGCCUUCUCGGUGUCGGCCCGCCAGCUCUCCAAGGUUACCGUCCUCGGUGCCGCCGGUGGCAUUGGCCAGCCCCUCUCUCUUCUCCUGAAGCAGAACCCCAGAGUCACUGAGCUCGCCCUCUACGAUAUCCGUGGCGCCCCUGGCGUUGCUGCUGAUGUCUCCCACGUCAACACCAAGUCCACCGUCAAGGGCUACGAGGCCACCCCCAGCGGCCUCGCCAGCGCCCUCAAGGGCUCCGAGGUCGUCCUCAUCCCCGCCGGUGUUCCCCGCAAGCCCGGCAUGACCCGUGAUGAUCUCUUCAACACCAACGCCUCCAUCGUCCGCGACCUCGCCAAGGCCUGCGCCGAGUCCUGCCCCGAGGCCAACAUCCUCAUCAUCUCCAACCCCGUCAACUCCACCGUCCCCAUCUGCGCCGAGGUCUUCAAGUCCAAGGGUGUCUACAACCCCAAGCGCCUCUUCGGUGUCACAACCCUUGACGUCGUCCGUGCCUCCCGCUUCGUUUCCGAGAAGAAGGGCACCGACCCCAAGGAUGAGAACAUCACCGUUGUCGGUGGCCACUCCGGUGUGACCAUCGUCCCCCUCUUCUCCCAGUCCAACCACCCCGACCUCUCCUCCGAUGCCGAGCUCGUCAAGCGUGUCCAGUUCGGUGGUGAUGAGGUUGUCAAGGCCAAGGAUGGUGCCGGUUCCGCCACCCUCUCCAUGGCCAUGGCCGGUGCCCGCAUGGCCGACUCCGUCCUCCGCGCUGCUCAGGGCGAGAAGGGCGUCAUUGAGCCCACCUUCGUCGACAGCCCCCUCUACAAGGACCAGGGCAUCGACUUCUUCAGCUCCAAGGUUGAGCUCGGCCCCAACGGUGUUGAGAAGAUCCUCCCCGUCGGCAAGGUUGACGCCAUCGAGGAGGGUCUCCUCCAGGCCUGCUUCGCCGACCUCAAGAAGAACAUCGAGAAGGGUGUUGCCUUCGUGGCCUCCAACCCCGGCAAAUAAAUGCAGCCGUUUUAUCCUACAAGCAAAUAAAAUAAUGAUGGCCUAGCCUUUUUCUUUGGCAACCGGCCCAAAAGACCUCGUGCGGAUGAACCUCGGCAAACUGUGAUGGCGGUGAUGAAUGCGGCUUAACAAAAAGACCUAGGGGAGGGCGUGUGGUGCAUUGCGGGCAACAAAAGUAUGGUUGAUGGAUGUCUCGGGUUGCUGGUACCAGUCCAGCUGGGAGACAAGUGUUUUUAGCAGGCGACAAAACGGGAUGGCGUCUUGUGUUUGCUUUUUGCUUGAAGGAGCCUCUGCGAAUAGAACAUGUUCUUUUCCAGCAUAGAGCAGGAUGUCUCUUUUGUUGU